AACGCAAGUGUAAUUCUAAAAUUACAAAACAUCUAAAAAGAAAGAACCAUAAAUGCGGUUGAUGGCGUUGUGUUUGAAAUAUGAAUCGAAAGGGAACACGAGAACAAAAUGAUAUUUCCAUAAUUAUCGGGAACCUACCAAAACGACUACAGGAUAAAAUCAUAAUACGUGAAGGGAAUAACAGCAAUAGUGGUGGUGGCACUGGCAGCGGUGGCAAUGUGAUAGACACAAAUAAAAAAGGCGCGGGCAAAAGUAAUCAACAUGAGACGACAAGGACUAACAACGAUGGCUUGCUUCUGGAGACGCAAAUGGCAGACGGAGGUGUGGUGGCCGAUAGAAGGCCAACGCCAAUGGAUGGUGGUGUGACAACCAUUGAUUACUUUUUGCGAUUGCCAACUGGAACAGAUGUUGAACGUACGGGCAACGUUGUUAGGUCUGUUUUGGAAACCAGCGGACCUACAACAAAGCAUAAUGGGCAGAUGAAAGUGCUGCAAAAACAUGCAACUGAGAAUGGGGACAGUCAAGAAUCGGUGUCAAUACCAGGUUUGAUACGUCUCAAUGCGGAAAAUGUCAAGAAACUGAACGAAACGUCGUCGUCGUCCCAUUCGAAUGGUGUGCGUAACCAUGAACGACGCAACAGACAUCAGACAAGACAGGAAGUCUUAGCAACGUCGAAGAAUAUCAUGCCAAUGUCUCCGGUCAGACAUGUCCAGAGGAUAAAUCAUCCGAAUUGGUUUGACCUGUUGGAAGACACGUGGGCAAGUCGAUUGCCACAAUUGUUCGAAAAUCUGCAACAGAUAUUGCAACAAAAUCAGGCUAUAGAGAACUGGAAUAAAUUACGUACUCUGCGCAAUGAACUGCAAGAUAUCUUCCAACAAUUGCUAUUGAAAAAUCUUAAAUUUUGUUGUGAGCAGAAGGUUGAUUCGUUCUUUUGGAAAGUUCUCUUCUACAAUAUGAGGGAACAUUUAAAGGAACAACAACAGCAGCAACAGGGUGAAACAGAAAUCAUCAAAUAUAUACGAGCAAUAAUUGAUGAUGGCAUCAAAUUCUAUGAUCAUCUAUAUGUGGAGUUGGAAAAGCAAUAUUUAUUCAAAAAGAAGGUUUUAAUCAAUGGCAUAUCUUCAUCAUCAUCAGCAUCGUCGUCUUCACAACGUUCUCAACAAAAACUGGAAUUUAUUGCCAAAGUUAUGGCCCAGAAGAUUUUAAUAUGUUUGGGUGAUUUAUGGCGUUAUAAAAUCAAAGACGCCCAGGGUCAGGAUUAUAGUACGGCAGAGAAAUAUUAUCAAUCCGCUCAAGCUUUAGUACCAUCAAAUGGCGUACCCUAUAAUCAAUUGGCCAUCAUAGCAAUACUUAAUCGUAAAAAAUUCGAUGCCAUUUACUUCCAUAUGCGUAGCCUUAUGUCUUCCAAUGCCAUAUACUCAUCAAAAGAAUCCCUGUUGGUUUUAUUCGAUGAAAUACGCAAAAAAUAUGAAGAGACCGAAUUGAAAUCAUCACCAGUACAUGCGAAUUUUCUUCACAACAACAAUAGUUGCCAGUCCAAAUCAAUGCGCAAAGAGGUGUGGAUUUAUCCAGAUGGCUUGCGUCGUUUGCAUCGCACCGAUUUCAAUGGUAAUAGUAAUUAUAAAUUGGCCGUUAGCGAAGAGAAACGUUUCAAAGAAAUGCCAGUUGAAGAGCUUUUGCGACGCAUUGUAUCAUUGUAUCUGUACAUCAUUGGCAAGUUAUUUAAUGGUGUGGGCAUGGAAACCAUUGUGGAACACCAACGCAAACUUUUAAUGCAAUUUGAUGUUUUGUUACAACAUAACAAGAUAGGAAUUACAAGAACAAGACUUUUGAAAAUAUUGGCCUUAAAUAUAUUUGUGAUGGAGCAUAAUUUAAAUAAAGACACACGACGUUAUCAUGCAUUUAACUUUUGCAAUCAAUUCUUUGGACUAUUGCUGCGAAAAACAAAUUCACUGCUGACCGAUUUAAAUGACAAUCCCGAGGAAUUCGAAGAUGAAAAGUUUAUGGAUUUGACUACAGUUUUGCAGUAUAACAGAAUUUAUAUAUUGUGGCUACAGCACCAUGUUAAUAUUUGGGAACCCAUUAAAAAUGAAGAGUUAUUGAAAGAAGAAAAUCUUACCAUACCAUCGGACAAUGAAAUUAAAUAUGAAGAAGAUAUCUUUUUGGCCGGUUUCACACCCACAUCAGCAAUAAUACCCAAACCCAAAGAUGAUAACCUAUCCGAUGAGGGUUUACAGUUAAAGGCUAGAUUGAAAAUCAUUUGUGAUUUUGAAAACUUCUAUAGAAAGCAUAACAAACGUUUGGAAAACGUUGAAACAUCAUCACAUUUUAUUACUGAAGUAUUAAAUUCAGAUAUCAAACAGGCAUUGGAUGAUUUACAAAGUACCCAGACACUUGGUGGUAAUGUUGUUGCAGCUGAGGAGGAUAAUAAUGAGAAUUGUAAUAAUGUAAAUGAGGCGAGGGAUAAUACAAAUUGCGAUGAUUCGGAAAACAAUACCGAAAAUAUUGUUGUCAAUGGUGAUGCCUUGCCAAUGAAAGCCAAUAAUAAAUCGUUGAAAGUAAACCCCAUCAAUGGUAAAAUGGAAAAUGACCAACUGUCACAAUUGUCGAAACUGAAACGUGAAUUGGAGGCAAAAUCAAAUGUCAAGAAAAUGUAUUCAAAUAAAUUGGAGGAAAUUUUAAAAUUUGUGGACACAAAAUUGUACAUUGAAGUCCGGCCAAAAUAUCUAUUGCCCGAUACAAAUUGUUUCAUUGAUUGUUUGGAAGAUUUUGAACGCAUUGUUAAUGAGUUUAAACGCUAUACAUUAAUUGUGCCAUUAACUGUGGUCAAGGAACUCGAUGGCCUUUCAAAGGGUGUUAAAGUGGAAUCAAGCCUAGAAAAUAUGCAAAAACAUCGCAUACAUCACUAUGACGAUGUAUCGACCAGGGCCAAAAAGUCAUUGGAUUUUAUUAAAUCUGCCAAAAGUCAUGUGAAGUGUGCCACAACCAAGGGUUCUAUAAUAAAUGCCUCAUUAUUUGCCUUGGUCGAGGAGGAACAUGUUUCGAAUGAUGAUAAAAUUUUGGCUACCGCUGUGGCAUUAUCCAAAACCAUGAGCACUGAGACCAUCAAAGAUGGCAAAUGUUUCAUACAAACUGAAUUGAUUCUAAUUACAACUGAUCGUAAUUUACGUGUAAAAGCUUUGUCACGUAAUUUAACCGUUAGUGAAUUACCCGAAUUUAUACAAUGGGCCAAAGACUGUAAUUAA